AUGAAGUACAACUACAGAGCAAUACAGAUUGCAAAUGUGAUUGAAACUGAUGUCAUAAUUCAGCCAAACCCAGUUUUGGUUGUUGAAAUAGGAGCUAGUGCAACACUGCAAUGUUUCAUUUCAGAAGAUGAAACUGACUACAUAUACUGGUUCAAACAAUCUGUUGGACAGAAGCCUCAUCUUGUAGCAGCAUCUCAUAAAUACUCAUCAGAAGCAAUGUUUUACAACAACUUUAAUUCUACACGAAUGAAAGUAUUGGCAGAUGUUGAAAUCAAUCAUUUAAUAAUCUCAGAAACAAAGCCAAUGGAUUCAGCAAUGUAUUACUGUGGAGUACUGAAGAAUUAUGAUAUGAUAUUUGGAGAAGGAACAUUUCUCAUCGUAAGGGGUAAAAAUGCUUUUUUUCAAAAUUAUGUUUCUGUAGUACAGCACCUUGUGUCAGACCCAGUGUAUCCAGGAGACUCGGUGACUCUGCAGUGUACAGUAGACAGUGAGACCUGUGCAGGAGAACACAGUGUUUACUGGUUCAGACACGGCUCAGGAGAAUCCCUUCCGGGACUCAUUUACACCCAUGGAAACAGGAGUGAUGAGUGUGAGAAGAGCCCUGAGGCUGGGUCUCCUACACACAGCUGUGUCUACAGCCUCCCCAAGAGGAACCUCAGCUGCUCUGAUGCUGGGAUUUAUUACUGUGCUGUGGUCACAUGUGGGGACAUACUGUUUGGAAAUGGAACAGAGCUGGAUAUUAAAGGUGCUCAUGUUGCUCAGAAAGCUCCGAACAAUGCUAAACAAACAGAAGAAAGCUAUGAUGAGGAUCAAGAUGUGACAAGGUUGCAUUAUGCUGUUUUGGAUUUUGCCAAGAAGAAGCCUAAGAAAGAACUUGGAAGACAGAUAACUGAGUUGAAGCAACACAGUGUGUACGCAGAGGUCAUAGCUACAGAUUUGGAGUAA